CAGCGGCGGCGCGGCCUACAAGCCGAGUAGUACGUGGAGGCCUCACCAGGGAAAGGAACAGAGUGUUCCCGUGUGGGGAUGACCGUGGGCAGCGCGUCAGUGGCCAGCUUGAGGCAACUACAUUGAAGCAUAAAAAAACCCAACUGAAAGCCUUAUGAAGCAACUGCGUGGGAAUAAAGCUGGGGGCCAUCCCCGAAAGAAGAGUUCCUCCUCUGGUAAAGACAGUGUCACCCCACCAAUACAGACUUCAGAUGACAACAGGGUGAUCGACAUCUUGAAUCCAAAAGUGUUGGCUCAAAAGCGACCUCUGCAAGGCUUGAGCAGUACAGGAGGCAGCACCGCAGGAAGCGCUGAUGAUGCCAAAAGACCAAAGCUCUUGCCUGAAGUGAGCUCUCCUGGCCAGGAAUCUGAAGAUGAGGACUCAGAUGAUUGUGAUUAUGAGAGUGUAGAGAAUGAUAAUGAUGUCAGUGAUGAUACAAACAGUGAUGAUGACAGCGAUGAUGAUGAAACUGAAAGUGAUGCCUCAGAAGGUAGUAAUGAAGAUCCUGAGGAAACAACAAGCCAACCUUCUUCAAGACCUGAUAUAACAAAAGAAUUGUCUUCAAUGUCUUUUGAGGAGCUGCUGCAGUUGAGAAACCAGGUUGGGACCAAGGCGUAUCAGCAGAUGACUACUGGGAAGAGAGCACCAAACGCCACAAAAACUGCGAAGCAUCAGCCUCCAAGCAAACACAGGCCUUUGGAAAUUUCAGCCAAGAAGCCGGUCCCCUUUCUGCGAAAAGUCGUGCCUGUUAAAAAGAAGGUGCCCCGAGACCCACGCUUCGAUGAUCUCUCUGGAGAAUAUAAGCCGGAAGUGUUUGAAAAGACCUACUGUUUCUUGAAUGACCUCAGGAAGAAGGAGAAAGAGGUAGUUCAGAAGCAACUAAAGAAAAGUCGAAACGUGGAGCAGCAAGACAAGUUGCAAUGGCUCCUUAAGCGGAUGACCCAGCAGGAGGCUGCACAGAGGAAACGCCAGAAGGAGAGAGAAAAGGACCUAGCCAUGAAGAGGGAGCUGAGGGAACUGGCCAAGCAAGGAAAGAAGCCUUUCUAUCUAAAGAAAUCUGAUAAACAGAAACGGGACCUGGCUGAGAAGUACAAAGAGCUGAAGAGGAGUGGCAAGUUGGAGAACUUCCUGAGCAAGAAGAGGAAAAGGAAUGCCGCCAAGGACAAGAGGAGGCUCCCUUUUAGGAAAGAUGUAUAACAUCCAGCUGCAGAAGAGAUACCUGGUUCUGCUGGUUGUGCAGGUGACAUGGCAAUAGAUUCAAAUCUGCUGCCAUAGGACAAGUAUUGACUGUGGCUAUUAGACCCCCAGCAGGGUAACAUCCCAUGGUCCAGGUUUCUCUGCCACAAAUGAGUUUGGGCAAAAUUAAGUUGUGAAGUCUCCAGUCUCGCGGAAGCCUCUUAGACUUCCUAAAGACUAACUUUCAUUUAGCCUCAGUUGAGAAGGAGAGAAGGGAUUGCAUCACUCUCCCGACUUUUCCUCCUCCUCCCAGGGACCGACCUAAAAUCUUAGCAUACAGAGUGGGAGCUCCUUGCCAGUUUCAGCUUUCAAUCCACUCUUCCUCCCCCCCCCCCCCAAAAAAAACCCUCGAACCCUUGGCUCACAAUCCUUAUUUUUUCCCCUAUUGUGCAGCCUGUGUAGGCUUGAAGGCUCCUCGGUCUUCACCUACUUGCUUUUUUGAGAAUUGCCUUCCCAGACAGCACUGGUUUCUUCUUGCUGCUACCUAUUAGUACCGCUUGAUUAUGUUUCCAAAUGUUUUGUUUGCAGACACUGUGGAGGCUUAAGAGAGUUUCCCAGUAAGCAUAGCUGCUGCACAAGCAGGGACCUUCCAUAAGGCAAUAGCACAGUCUUCUAACAUUGAACUGGACCCUGGUCAGCUUCCUAGGCAUACUAAUUGCAGGAUCUCAUUACUGCGGAGACAGACUGCUUUCAUUUUGACAGAGCUCCUUGGGUCACUGAUUGGUCGCAUGUUUUGUAGCUAUGUUUCACUGAACAUAUCUCAAAGUAAAAUUAUUAUUUUAAAUAAAACCAAACUUUCCCUUUCAUCUGUUG